AUGUCCUCAUCCAAUGCACAUCCAUGCACUUAUUACUUGUUGAGAGUCAUGGAUUUAAUUUUAUUAAGCAUUGGUCCUAAAAAAUUCAAGUUUUAUGAAAUGAUGCUCAACACAAUCACUCAUGAACAGACCGAAUCAUACCAGAAUCUUUUGGAGCAAUGUCGAAACAAACUCUCCAAAUGCUCGUUCAUUGGUGACAAUGAACGUCAAGAACUUGUGUAUCAUCGUCUAGACUCUGUUCGACCUCUGUUACUGCGAGCGAGUAAUAAGGUAUUUGAGGAAGGAAAAGAAGACCAAAAGACCACCGGUCGAGAUCAAACCACCACUGAUCCAUAA